GAAUUCAAUACUGGUUUAGGUUUACUUGUGGUUUAACGUGUGUGUACAGUGUUAAUAGUAAUUCGUUUUUAAUAUUCCAAUAGGUACUUACUGUUUUUGAGUGAUCACUAAAACAUAUAUUAAUUUUUCAUCCAUUCAUUUUAAGUUUUUAAAAGAAUUCAAACAAAUUAAUGUGAUGUUAAGAAACAAUAAAAUUUUUUUGUGAGAAAUUUUAUAAUUUAAUAAUUAGAAAAUUUAAGAAAGGAAUGACAACAUAAAUUUUAUAUUAUUGAAUUAUCGUGGGUGGUCGUUAUUUGGAUUUUGUGGUUGACCUUGAAAGGGAUCUUUUGAUUGGUCCUAAAAGGGAACUGUUUGGUUCGUUCGUAUUGAGAAAUAAUAGAUAUCGAUAAUGUCGUCAAACACAAACAUAUUAUUAACGAGGGGUUUGCGGUUAAUUUCGUCAAAACCAAACGUUUUAGUUAGAAAUAAAGGUGUAUGGACACCAGAAAAUAUCGUUAAAUCACCAUACAAAGACGUGGAAAUACCAAAUAUAACGCUAGUGGACCAUAUUUGGGAGAAAAUGGAUCGAUGGGCUGAUAAAACUGCAAUUAUAUGUGGAGUAACAAAACGCAACUACACCUACAACCAGUUACACAAAUUUUCGAGAAAUUUAGCAGCAAAUCUAAGGAAGAAGUUCAAUAUAAAAGACGGUGACGUUGUCUGUGUGAUGAUGCCAAAUUCUCCUGAUUAUCCUUUAGCAGUAAUAGGAGCUUUACAAGCUGGAGCUAAAGUGACCACAGUCAAUCCAGUUUACACUCCUCAUGAAGUAUCAAGACAAAUAACCCUCUCACGACCAAGAGUACUAAUAGGUAUACCAGAAUUGAUACCCAUCCUCAAAGAAGCAAUUAAGUUAUCGAACAUAUCCCUACCUAUUAUAUCAUGCAAAGGAUAUACUAAUGACAAUAUACCAGAAGGUACAAUUUCUUUUGAUGAAUUAGCCCUAGAUACUACUGUGGAUCAUAGUAUUCUUGGAGAAGUAAACAGAAAUGCUGAAGAUACUGCACUAUUGCCUUAUUCUAGUGGUACCACUGGCCUACCAAAAGGAGUGCAACUGACUAACAAAAACAUAGUAGCAAAUUGCGUACAACAAGAUGUUGACGAGAUUAAAUAUUAUGAAGAUACUACAGCAUCAUACCAAGAUAGAAUACUGGCAGUUCUUCCGUUCUACCACAUUUAUGGACUAUCCAUCACGUUGCUUCACAAACUGUCAGUGGGUGUCAAAGUGGUCUCACUCCCAAAGUUCCAGCCGCAAUCGUUUUUGAACACUAUGAAAGAGGAGAAGAUAACACUACUUAACGCUGCACCUCCUAUUGUAUUAUUCAUGGGAUCUCACCCAGACCUGAAGAAAGAUCAUUUGCAAUACGUCAAUUUGAUGACCAGCGGAGCAGCACCUCUUCCGAAGCUUGAUGUCGAUAGAGUAUUGGAUAAAGGAAAGGAAGGUCUUAUAUUCGCGAAUUUAUAUGGUUUGACUGAAACUUCCCCUUUGGCAACUGCGCCGCCAAAAGACUCGAAGGAUGUUAAAAUUGCUGGGUAUCCUGUACCAAACUCUGAGGCCAGGAUUGUGGAUUCUAACAUGAGAAGCCUGGGACCCAAUGAGAUUGGAGAAUUGCUAAUCCGAGGUCCUCACGUGAUGAAAGGGUAUAGAGAUAAUAUUGAGGCUACUAAAAAUUCAAUCACAGAGGAAGGCUGGUUAAAAACUGGUGAUCUAGCUUCAAUGGACAAGAAUGGGGGACUUAUCAUAGCUGAUAGGCUGAAGGAACUUAUAAAGGUCAAAGGAUUUCAAGUACCACCAGCAGAGUUGGAACAUUUAUUAAGAGAACAUCCUGACGUACAAGACGCAGGUGUUGUAGGCUUUCCAGAUGCAAGAACAGGGGAAGUGCCUAAAGCAUUCGUUGUGCUAAAAGAUGGUAGUAAUGCAAACACGAGGGAUAUAAUUGAUUUCGUUAAUAAAAGAGUGGCAGAAUUUAAAAGGAUCAAAGACGUAGUUUUGUUAGAUAGUCUGCCGAAGAACCCUUCGGGUAAACUUUUAAGGAGAGUGCUCAAGGAGCAAUAUAGCUAAAUAAAGAUACUUAUGUAACAAAUGAAUUGUUAUUUUGAUUUGAAUAUUAAAUCUAAAUAUAACGACCUAAUUGUAUAUUUAAGACCAACCAAAAAUAAUAUUAUAAUAGGGUAAACUUUGACGUGAGAUUUAAACAGCACGCCGCCGCCGAUAAUACCAAAUGGCGUACUUGGCCUUGUAUGCAGGUUAAAGUUAACGUCAAAAUUACUAAAGCAACUAAGCUUAAAAUUUCA